AGUUCAAGAUUGACAUAUUUACUAUUGAGAAUAGUGUCAUACUCGGCUGGCCCGAGUCCCACUAAAUGUUUUGUAUGUAGUAUUUUCACCGUCAUAUCUCCGAGGCAUGCACACAGGGGCAUGAUUUUAGGGGUGUAAAGGUAAAUAUACGCAAUUUCAAUGUCGUUUUAUAUUUACUGACUCGUUGUGACACGGUUUUAGCAGCGUUAGCUGGCAUGAUAGGUUUGUCAUAGCUCACUUUUCAGCUGAUAGUUUCAGUGUGAUAUGCAAUGAAGACUUUUAUUCCAUCUACAGUACAUGGAGCCAUCCUCACCUGCAUGAACACUCAGUCUGAAAUAGUUUAUCUUGGGCUGAAUGCACUGACUUGUCCUCUCUGACAGGUGCAUCUCAGAAAAGAUGAGUCGCUUUCUGAACGUCCUGCGAAGCUGGUUGGUGAUGGUGUCCGUCAUCGCGAUGGGGAACACUGUGCAGAGUUUCAGAGACCACAGUUUUCUGUCAGAAAAGCUCUACACGGGCACACCUGAGUUUGGUAAGAAAACUAUGCUGGAUUGACACACACGAAAGGCAUUUUCAGCUUGGUAACACUGACGAUUCAUUCAGAUUGAUAAUAAGCUCUGCUGGAAACCAUGCAUCAAAUAUCUGUGUUCAAAAAUGUGAAGAAGUAUUGGAAUCAUUAGCAAAUCAAAGUAUUUAUUACCACAAAAAUCAUUACGCACACUCUACUGCUCCAUGAUCCUGCCAUACCUCUCUUACUAUGUUGAAAUCUGGGGAAACACAUACAAGACCAAUCUACAAAAGAUAUGCACUUUACAAAAAAAGAGUUAACAGGAUCAUAAAUCAUGCUGGAUACAGAGAUCACACCGGCCCUCUUGUUCCUAAAAUCAAAAUUGUUAAAAUUUAAUGACAUAGUCAAUUUUAAAACAGCUCAAGGGCUGUACAAAGCAGCACAAAGUAUGUUACCUGGUAACCUACAAAAGAUGUUCAAAACCAGAGAGGGUGGCUAUAAUCUAAGGGGGAACAUAAAUAUAUUUGUCUGAUUGUCCAUACAACUCUGAAAAGUAUGUGCAUUUCUGUUUGUGGUGUUCAACUCUGGAACAGCCUGGAUGUCACUUUAAAAAUGUCUAAUAACAAAAAUAUUUAAAUCAAACUAUAGAGAAGUGUUAAAAGAUUCAUAUAAGUUAACCAAAAGAAAAUGUUUUAUACUAUACUUGAUUGCAUAAAAGUAAUAUUAAUUCUGAAUAUUAUAACACUGAUUAUUAUUAUGAUAUGCAAAUAAUUAUAACAAGUAACCUAUUUAGUGUUAAGCAGAUAUCUUUGUUUAUAAUAUGUAGGUAUUUAUACAGGUCUUUGGAAUCUAUACAAAUACAUUUUUCUUUUAAAUCUCUAAUUUGCAAGGAAGGGGCAGGACUAGAUAAGCUUUUUGCUUCAUUCUGAUCCUUCUCAAACUGUUUAUUUUGACAUACAUAUGUUGAGUACAUUUAUCUUUGACAUGUACAGUUGUUUGGUGUACAUAUGUUUUAUUUUGUUCAGUGUUUUUGUUUGUCUAGUUGUUUUUUGUUGCUGUUGUUCUUAAAGUUUAAGAUAAAUAAAGAAGAAAGAAAGAACGAUGAAAUCCCCCAAAAAUAGUGCGAAUAGAAUAGAGCUCACCACAUGAUCAUGUUAAUAGUCUUCAACUGAGUUUCAGUUGCAAAGUGAACUUUUGGUAACCUUGAUUUGCAUUAACAUUUUCUAUUAAUGCAUGCAUUUUUAUCAGAAACUUCUUUCAGUGGUUGCCCACAUGUUAAAGGCAUUCACCUGACAUCAUUUUUAUAUAUUCCUCCUAUCCGUUGGCUUCCAAUUUACAAUUUUACAGCAAAUGAAGUCUGAUUAUUUUAUUAGCUAUUAUCCAAACUUUGUGAAAAAUUGAAUUUGCACAAUUUGCUAUAUCUUGAAUGUAUUUCAUGACUCAAGGUGUCGUUCAAACAUUUCUCCUUUCUCCCGCCUCCCUCAUUCUAUCACGUUCUCAGUGAAUGGUCUCCAAGCUCGAACAUUUGGUAUUUGGACCUUGCUGUCAUCGAUCAUACGCUGUGCCUGCGCCAUUGAUAUCCAGAACCGAACGUAAGACUCUCACAUCUUUCUCUGUGUUUCUCCAUGCUCAGAUAGCAAGGCAUCAUUAAAACAUCAAAUCUGUGUUGAGCUGUCAACUAUGUUAAUGAUGAAUCAACGUCAGAAUUAAGACUUUGUUUGUGACAGUUUUGCACAAUGUGGAAUGUGCUGGUCUAAACCUUCAGCAACCAGCCUUGUGAACUGGUGAAGAAAAUGCUGCUCUUGUUCAUCAUUAAAAUCAUGGUUUUGAACUUCCACUGUCAAAAAAAGAAGGAAAGAGGACUUUAAAAAGCAAGCUCUGACAGGCUAACAUGCAGAGGAGUAGUGAAGGCCGCAACCUUUUUUCGAUGAAAGGAUCAUGGGUUCAAGACCUGGACAAAGGCACACCUUGUGAACUCAGAAAGAAACCUGUAGGGAAGUGGUGAAGGCUGCUGCCCAACAAUGAAAGGAUUCUUGGUUCAAAUCCAGGACAGAGGCACUUAAUGUCAGCCAGUAACCAUUACUUUCUUUAAAUGUGGUUUGAAUUGGUGUUUUCAGACCACAGUCCAACAAGCAGAGGUAAUAAGGACCUGCAAAAGUAAUCACUGCCAGGGAAACCUGUAGUUAAAUGCUGAAGGCUUCUCCCAUUCUACGACUGCUGACUGUCACUGAAUGGAUUCUUGGUUCAGAUCCAGGAUGGAGGCACUUUAUGUCAGCCAAGAACACUUGCUUUCCUUAAAUGUAGUUUGAGCUUUUGCUUGAAUUGCUGUUUAUUAAGUCCACAGUCAAAAACAUAAAGGUAAUAAGGCCAGAAAAAAAACAAGAACUGCCAAGCCAAACUGAAGUGUAGUGGCUAAGGCUGUUGCCUUUCCAUAAAAGGGUUGUGGGUUCAAGCUGAGGACAACGGCACUACAUCUGAGCAAAGAAAACAAAAGCUGUUUUCAGAUCUUUGUUAUGGUCUUUAAUAACUUUUCAUUAAGAAAACUAAAGUAAUAUUAUAUUGUUGGGAUGACUGCUGCUCAAUAAAUCAAUUCUUGGUUCAAAUCUGGGGCUGAGGAAUUUCAUGGCACUUCAUGUGAUGCAGGAAUAAAAAUACGGUUCUCACCUCAAUGUUGGGCUAUUUUUUACUUUCUCUGUUGGAAAAUUUAAUUAAAAAACACCUUAUAACCAAUCACUGGCAGGUUAUAUUCUGUAGUGCAGUGGUUAAGGCGGCUGCCUCUCCAUUAAAGGAUUAAUGGUUCAAAUUCAGGACAGGGGCUCUGCAGGUCAUCCAAAAACUGUUGCUUUCUCUGCAACUGAUUUCAGCUGUGCCUUUAAUUGCUGUUUCGAACUUCCACAGUCAAAAAGUUGCUGUAAUGAGGACCUAUAAAAGCAAGCACUGCCAUGGAAACCUGUAGUGUAUUUGGGAUGUGAUUUAUGAACUAAACUUUAGUCUGUCAACAUAAACUAAAUCCUAUUUACCCAGUGUGUACUCCUGCUAUAUUUUCUAACAACUCAAAUCCACUGUAAUAUGAAGGCAGGUCUCCUAUCCGUUGAUAGGGCCAGAUUGAACCAUCAGGGGCCAUUCACACAAGGGUUCAACUAGCAGGGGCUGUCAAUCAUUUUUUACACCCCAUGAUCUUCAAAACUUGACAAAAGUUCACAGAACCAAAAGUUUUAUUUUAAGAUCAAGUUGUGACAACUUGCUGUUCGAACAGUCAGAGCAACAUAAUGUUUUACCUCCUUUGGACAAAAUUAGUGCUUUAAGCAACCACAGAUAACAGUUGAGUUUGCAUAGAAAUGUCAACCUCAACCAUAACGAUGACUCUGAUGGAAAAUAAGCAGUUUUUGUAAUGUCUUGCUCUCCUUGUGAGUGUGUCCUUACUUUUGUCACUCUGUCUUCUGCAGGCUAUAUCACAUCACUUUAUGGACGUUUGUGCUGGCAUUGGGCCACUUUCUGUCUGAGGCAUUCAUCUACAAAACUGCACCUCUGACAAUAGGGGUCAUGGCGCCUCUCAUUGUGGCAAGUGAGUGAGGAAAUGAAGAGGUUGUAGGUUUAUAAAAUUAUUGGCAAAUCAAAAUAACUCUCUGACAACAUUUCUCUGUGUCUGUAGGCUUCUCUGUCAUAGGAAUGCUGAUUGGGUUUCAGUGUUUCCCAGAGUCGGAGGAGGAAGUUGGGGCAAGACAGAAGAAGCGUAACUGAAUUAGGCUCUGCUCUGACAAUCAGGGACUGCUGCUCUGGUCCUGUGGUUCCACUGCUUUUUGCCUUGAAGAACACUAGAUGUGGAUUUAAGUGAUUUUGAAGACAUUUAACAACCUAAAGAUUUUAUAAGUCUCCAUCUGGGCUAUGUUAAAUAUUUUCUAAACUUGAUUUUUACAGCAGCAAUUAAGUGAAGUAAGUCUUGUUCUGUAAGAGUCAACAAUAUUUGCAUAAAAUGUUUAUAAUGAAUUGCUUGUCAGCUUGUCAAUGUAUGGACCCUUGUACAUGUGAAAGAAGUGAUGAAACUUGUAAGUGCUGAAUGCAAUUCAUCUGUUGAAUAAUUCAUCUUAUUUUUCAAACGGUAAUGAUGGUGACACUUAAACAGUCGCUUCUUCUACUUUAUUUUUAAUUCAUGUUUUUUAAGAACUCAGACAUCCUUUCAGUAUAAAACUAUGCUCUUCAUUACAAAGACACACAAAUACAAGUCAGCUUUUAUUUGCCAUAUUUGUUCUGUGCUGUGGAAAGCUUGUACAUCCUUUAAAAUACACUCACUUAUUCUCCUAUAAAUUCUUUAAAAGUGUGAUGUUUUUUUUUGGUAUAAUCCAAGUAUAAAAAAACUUUUCCAAACA